AUGCAAGAAGAGUGCGACUUUCAAUCCUCUUUGAUGGAGAAAAAACUCUCGGCCGAAGCCAGGCUCGACACCGCAGCAAGUAGUAUCACUUUAUCGGAAACAGAGAUUAAAAAAUCGAUACCGAAAGAUUCGUCCGUGGAUUUCGACGUCCUUUCCGCCUCGUCGUUGGACGUUCUCACGAAGAUGGGCGUAGAAUUACAAAAGAACGAGAGCGCGUCGGAGGAGCAGGCAUUGGCGACCGCAUCUACUCCGGAGCCGAUACCGGAAGUCGACAACGAUGACGACUCUAACUGGCUCUCGUAUUUCGAUUGUAACGCAAUAUUCGACGUGACCUACGAGAAUCAAUCUUAUUACAACUCGACCAAAGCCGAGAAGGACAGCGACAGCGAUUUGGACGACACUUUGACGUUCGACGACGCCGAGGAAGGCGAGGCCCUCGUCCUGGACGAGAACGACACCUACCCGAAUUCUUAUCAACAAUCGUUCGAGGAGACCUGCGAGAAGAAAUUGGACAACAAUAACUUUGUCGUCUCCGAUAAAGCUUCUAUACUCGAGAUAAAUCAAGAUUCGCCCAGCGUUGCCGAGAAUAUUGAUUCGGACCAAGGGGCGAAGGAGGGCGAGGAGAAGGAUCGAAACGGGGAUAAUCUCGAGGCUCGCGACUCGACCGAUCGGAUCGACGAGAACGCGAACGACAAUGAGACUUCUGCCAGGAUCGAGUCGAUGACGAUCGAGAAGAUCGAAGAGGUCUCGAGUCGAGAGGACGAGUCGAACGUGGCCAAGGAAACGAUAAUAGAGUUGAAGAAGACGGAGGGCAAAAUGGACGAUUUCUCGAGCGAUUCCGAGGACGAGUACGAGGGGAAUCUGAUUUAUUCCUCGCCCAAUGUGAACAUAUCCGCGUAUUUUAAAUACAGGGACAGUAUGAAGGAGCCCAAGUACGAGGCGACUAUAGAUCAAUUGAACGCCAUGUACUCGAAGGAAUCGAGUAAAUCUGUGAUUUUGGAGGAAAUUGUCGAGGAGCCGUGCGUCGAGGAGGCGGGGAAAAAUUCGAACGGAACGGCAAACGGAACGAACGAGGGCGAGUGCCUGAAGGUGCGGGAGGAGUUGAAGCAGGGGCAGGAGGAGGUGAAGGAGGGGCAGGAGGAGCUGAAGCAGGAGGAGCAGAAGGAGGGGGAAGGGGCGAAUUUGACGGGGAGCGCGAUAAUAAUUGCUCCGGAUCAAAGGAGAGAAAGAUCCAAGUUCGUGGAAUUGAAUUCUCCUGAGGAGUAUUUGGAGAAAUUGGCGGAGAUCACGGAACCGGAUUGUCCGAGAACGGAGGAGGAAGCUCACGAGAAGUUGAAGAAGAUCGCGGAGGGGAAGGCGGAGAUAGAGAACAGGAAGAACGAAGCUCUGGAGGAUUUGUCGGUGGAAUUCGAUAAGAUCGAGAAACUCGUCGCGGAAACGAAGUCCGCGAACCAAGCGUACGACGAAAGCGGAUCGGACGAAAGCUCGGACGAGGCGAAGGAGGGGGAUAUAGACGUGGGGAAGGACAUAGAAUUGCCUUUGACCAAGGAUCAAGUGGCGGAGAGCUUUAAAUUCAAAACUGUUCAGAAGAGCGUGGAGGAGGAGGAGAAGCGUCGCGCGGAAUUGUUGCAAGAAUGUCUCCAAGUGAUUCCAAAAAUACCGGAAACGGAGGAAUCCGUGGACGAGGAUCUCGUCGCGAUCGGGGGGGUCGAGCGAGACGUCGAGGAUGUCGCGAAAGAGAAGGUGGAGGGUGACGGCGACGAAGAUACCGGCACGUCGGAGGCCUCGAAAGAGAAGGAGAAGGAGGGUGGGGGGGAGGGGGAGGAAGGCGGGCGCGCGAACGAGGCGAUUGUCGACGAGGCCUCGGCGGAAACCAAGUCAACCGUCCAAGGAAUCGUCCAAGACAUUAUCGACGAAACCGAGGACUCGCUGUUCUGGCGAUUCAAGAAGGAGCCGGAGAGGACUUACAUCAAGGGGAAGGUGUACGAUUUCGACGAGAAGAAACACGGCGCCAGGUACAGUUGCCUUGAACCGGUGCCAUCCGUUGAUGCAUUUACAUCGGCAUGUACGUGA